GGGUUCUACGCUCUCCUAUAUCUGUGUUGGCAUGCCUGCUAAUUCUGCGAUCGUGAGGAGUGACCUUGAGAUACCUACUGUUGUAUCGAAUCCGCUAGGACAUAGCAUGCGUCUUCAUCACAUUUAUCAUAGGUGUCCGUUGUCCGUGCAAAGGAAGCAAUUCCCUGCAGAUUUGAUAGAGCUACCACACAAGGAGUUUGACAUUAUCCUUGGUAUGGAUUGGCUCACCGAGCAUAGAGUAGUAGUCGACUGCAGUUGUCGAACCGUACGGCUGAGAGCCGACGACGGUAGCGACGUAUCACUCUCCGGGGAGGUGUUCCCCAAGGCUCCCAAGUUCAUAUCGUCCUUGAGCGCGAGGCGCUUGAUUCGCAAGAAGUGCGAGAUGUUCCUGUGUCACGUUCAGGAUAUGCGAAAAGAAUCACCACGUCAGCAGGACAUUCGUACGGUUUGCGACUUCCCCGAUGUCUUUCCCGAAGACCUUCCUGGUUUGCCUCCGCCGAGAGAGGUAGAGUUCUCGAUCAAUCUCAUUUCGGGCAAGGCUAACAUCGUGGCCGAUGCUUUGAGCAGAAAAUCGUUAGCCGAGCUACAGCUUCAGUCUCCGUUAGAGCAGGAGUUCCGUACAGCACAGAGAGAUGAUGAGUUUUGUCAGAAGACUCGAGAGUUAGUUCCUACAGGAAAGAGGCCCGAGUUUUCAAUCCGCGAUGACGGAGUCUUGUACUAUCGUGAACGCCUAGUGGUACCCCGCGGUGAAGUGAUCAGACAGAUGAACCUAGAGCCGAUCCCAGAGGGCAUUGAGGAGGAGAUGUACGAUGGCGUGGCUGUCUCUUUAAUCUGUUGAUUAUGCUUUAUUUAAUUAACUUUAAUGCUUAUUACGUUUUCGGACAAGAUCCCAAGUU